AUUGUACUUAAUAUUUGUCUGAUUUAUUUUUUAUUUUUUAUAUUUUUAAGUCUUUCCUGCUUUUUGUUAGGGUUAAAAUUUUUAGUUUGUGAUUUAGUUUAUUUUAUUGAGUUUGAUCUAGUAACUUUAAAUUCUAGGUCUAUUGUUAUGACUUUUUUAUUUGAUUGAAUAUCUUUACUUUUUAUAAGGUUUGUUUUGUUUAUUUCUUCUAUAGUUAUUUAUUAUAGUUAUGAGUAUAUAUCAGGAGACAUAAACUUAGGGCGGUUUAUUAAUUUAGUUUGUUUAUUUGUCUUGUCUAUAAUGCUUUUAAUUAUUAGUCCAAAUUUAAUUAGAAUUUUAUUAGGAUGGGAUGGACUGGGGCUGGUUUCUUAUUGUUUGGUAAUUUAUUACCAAAAUGUAAAAUCUUCGGCGGCGGGUAUAUUAACAGCCAUUACUAAUCGUGUGGGGGAUGUAGCUAUUCUUCUUUCUAUUGCUUGAAUAUUGAAUUAUGGGAGUUGAAAUUUUAUUUUUUAUUUGAGUUGUAUAAAGAGUGAUUUUAGAAUAAAGAUUAUCUCUUUUUUAAUUGUUUUAGCAGCUUUAACUAAGAGAGCUCAAAUUCCUUUUUCUUCUUGGCUUCCCGCCGCAAUGGCAGCUCCUACUCCGGUUUCUUCUUUAGUUCAUUCUUCUACUUUAGUAACAGCUGGGGUCUAUUUAGUAAUUCGGUUUUUUAACUGUUUAGGAAAUAAUUUGUUAAUGAUUUUAUUGUUCUUAGGGUGUUUUACUAUGUUUAUAGCUGGGUUGGGUGCUAAUUUUGAGUUUGAUUUAAAAAAGAUUAUUGCCCUAUCUACUUUAAGUCAACUAGGGUUAAUAAUAAGAAUUAUUGCCUUAGGGGAGCCAGUUUUAGGAUUUUUUCAUUUGCUUACACAUGCUUUAUUUAAAGCGUUGUUAUUUAUAUGUGCUGGUUGUAUAAUUCAUAGCUUAGCAGAUUGUCAAGAUAUUCGUUUUAUAGGGAGUUUAUCUACUUUUAUGCCCCUAACUUGCUGCAUAUUUAAUAUCUCAAAUUUAGCUUUAAGUGGUAUACCGUUUUUAGCAGGAUUUUAUUCAAAAGAUUUAAUUUUGGAAGUAGUUUCUUUAUCUUAUUCUAAUAUUUUAAUUUAUUUGGUAUUUUUUGUUUCAACAGGCUUAACUUUUAGGUAUACUAUUCGUCUUCUUUAUUAUACUAUUUUUGGCAAUUUAAAUUUCUUAAAAUUUUUUAGGAUUUCUGAUAAUGGGGCUGUUAUAGUUAAAGGAAUAGUUGGUUUAAUUUUUCUUGUAAUCUUCGGAGGGAGAAUAUUAAGAUGGAUUUUGUUUCCUUUCCCUUAUUUUAUCUGUCUUCCUUUAAGGUUAAAGUUAAUAACUAUUAUAGUUAUUCUUUUAGGGGGUUGAAUUGGCUAUUUAUUAAGCCAACUGGCAAUUGGUUCUUUAAAUUUAUUUUUAAGUAAUAUUAUAAAAAGCUUGUUUAUAUCUUCUAUAUGAAAUAUGCCUUUCCUAUCUACUUAUUUUUUAAAUUACCCUACUCUUUUAUUGGGGGGAUUUUAUUUUAAGUAUGUAGACCACGGUUGGUCUGAGUUUUUUGGUAGUCAGAAUUUAUAUUAUAAUUUAUCAAAUUAUUCUUCAUUUUUUUUAAAUUUUUCUAAAAGAAGGGUUAAGAUUUUUAUAAUGAUUUCUAUUUUUUGAGUGAUCUUAUUAACUGUUCUUUUUUUUU